UCGGUGUUUGUCUCGGCCAUAGAACUAUUGGGCAACAACAUACCUUUUAUUACAAAACCAACAAGGAAAACAAACUGCACAUUGUAUAGAAACCGAUUACAACCACAUGAUAUUGGGCAGAUCAAACCCGAUAACAGAUCUUUCAAGACUAACCAAGCACAUGCACAACCUAUACAAAUCAAAAACUCCUCUAAAUGGACACCGGGGGAAAAAUAGAAGCUAACACGCAUCGGACUGCGUUGGUAAAUUGUCGAUGGUGAACGUCCAAGAGGCCAAAGUUUUUAACUUGGGAAAGGGGAGAGAAAGAGGUGACCAUCUAGGGCUCUAGAAGAGUUGCGCUUGAAUCGGCCUGGUACGUCAAGUCGUGAACUGCAUCGAUGUUAAGCUGCAAGGGAAUCAGACGGCAAAAGAUCAGGGUGGGCUGCACCUUCUGCAUGGCCGUGGAUCGAUAGUGGAUUGGUGAGAGGAUGGGGUCAAUGGGAUGCGGCGAGCGGAGAGUAUAGGGAAGUGGAUUCGACUUUGAAAAGAGGAUAGGUGAAGCUAAAGAUAGAGAAAGAAAAAGAGAAGAGUCUAUGGGGGCACGAGAAAGACGUUAGCUGCCAGACGCACUCAGUUGGGGUUGGGUGCACAGGCAGCGGCGGCAGAACGGGAGGGUUGGUUUGGCGAGGAAAUGAAAGUUGAGAAGAGUUAUUUAUAUUUAUCAUUAAUAAUAAAUUGAAUAAUUUUAAAAGUAUAUUAAAUUAGAUAAUAAAAUAUACAAAUUUUUGCCGUAAGUAAUAAUUUCGCGGAAUGCUCUGGUGGAGUGGUUAGUUUUGUUAGAAGUUAAAAACUUUAGGUUUUUUUUUUUUUUUUCAAUCGGAUGAUAAAGAAAUCUCCCCGUUCAGUUUCUCCCGCCUACGAGAGUCUCUGAUAAAGUGGUCUGAAUUUAGCUCCAGCUUCACCGCGACGUGCUGCUCCCCUGCGAGUCUGCGAUCAGCUGCUGCCUGGCCCAGAGAUAAUCGAUAAAUUGCGCCCAAUCUCCUGAAUUUUGGCUGGCAGUUAAUUUCGCUCAAUUUGGGAGCAAGCAGGUUCUGUUGAUCGAUGAUGAGGCUGUAUGAUGACUUUCUUGAAAUUCUAAAGAUUCAGAAGUUCAGGAGGAUUGCGGGUUACAGUGUUUUCUACUGCUUCACUGCCGCUUUAGUCUAUUUUUACACAAACAACACUACCAGAGCAGGAUAUUCUAGGGGUGACCAAUUCUAUGCAGCCUACCCUGCUGGAACUGAGCUAUUAACCGACACCUCUAAGCUAUAUAAGGCUGCCCUUGGUAAUUGCUUUGAAUUGGAAGACUGGGGUCCAAUUGAAUUCUGCAUAAUGGCCAAACACUUUGACCGUCAAGGUCAAGCACCAUAUGCUUAUCAUGCUCAAUACAUGGCGCAUCUUCUCUCCCUUGGGCAACUUGAUGGAAGCGGCUAGAACGGUACGGCUGCUGAAUCACCGAGAAUUGUCUGAUGUUUCCACCAUCUAGAUGAAAGAGAGUAUGAGAUUUCGGCGUUAUAAUAAAAGAAGCUGCUAGGUGGGUGAUUUGUCGGCAGAAAGGGUCAAUGUGCAUAAGAUAUUGCAUCCAUAUAGAUGUGUUGUGCAUGGUUGUAACUCCGACUGACAAAACAUUUGGGACUGGAUAUUUCUAUUUAUUCAUCUAUUGGUUCUUGUUAAAAUGUUUGAGUUAUCGACUA